AUGUAUGUACGUACAGGAAUCGUCAGCAGGCCUAGUUACUUUUUGGCGUCACCGCGAGGUGAUAUUUCGGAGAGCACGGUCGUUUGUUCGCAAAACGGUCGAGAGCUGGCAAAGGUCAGGUGCUCCAAAGAGUCUAAACCAACGGAGGCUCUGCGCCUUUUCCCACCUGUCAGCUCAUGUUCCUCCGAUGUUUCUAUGUACUUUAGAUAG